UCUGUAAUGAAAGGGAAACAAAUUGUUGAAAUUGUGUAAUUAGUUAAAUGCGUUCGAUCCGCUUAUUAGAGCAUCGGUCAACAUGAAGGAUAUCCGCUGGUCGCUGUUUUUGAAUGCAGCUGUCAUUUGUCUUGCACUGCAAACGGCAGCAUUGGACAACAGCGUGCAGGAAUCACCGACAAAUACCAAUCUUAACAAUUCUGCUACACCCGAAAGUAGUAACGUCAGUCAUGUGAAUUCCUCACCCAGCAAUCCAUUGAUCAACGUCACAGUCUCGACUGUGUCGCCCCUCAAUGGGAGCACCACGAGGAAGGGAAACACCUCUACUCUAGCCACGGAGCCUCCGCUUAUUGAUUUACAUGCCGUUGAGCAGGAGCAUAACUCGUCCCUGUCAUUGUUCUUCGUAAUAUGCGUAAUUAUGCUGGGUAUCCUACUUAUACACUUAAUGCUGCAGACUGGAUUCCAAUAUUUACCCGAGAGUAUCGUGGUGGUGUUCCUGGGUGCCUUUAUUGGACUGUCGUUGAACGUAAUGUCUGGCCAAACUGGCAGCUGGAAGCGCGAGGAGGUCUUUUCCCCAAUGGGCUUCUUCCUUGUACUCCUCCCGCCAAUUAUAUUUGAGUCUGGCUACAAUUUGCACAAGGGAAACUUCUUUCAGAACAUUGGCUCAAUUCUAGUCUUUGCCAUUUUUGGCACCACAAUAUCUGCAUUGGUCAUCGGAGCCGGAAUAUACUUGCUUGGUCUUGCAGAGGUGGCAUUUCGGCUUAGCUUUUCAGAGUCGUUUGCCUUUGGAUCGCUCAUCUCCGCUGUUGAUCCUGUCGCCACUGUCGCGAUUUUCCAUGCACUGGAUGUUGAUCCAAUACUUAACAUGUUGGUGUUCGGCGAGAGCAUUCUCAACGAUGCUAUAUCGAUUGUGCUAACCGCAUCCAUCACACAAUCUGCCAAUGCAAACGCAGAGGCCAGCACGGGAGAGGCCAUCUUUAGUGCCCUAAAGACGUUCUGUGCCAUGUUCUUUGCCUCGGCGGGCAUUGGAGUUAUAUUUGCAUUGAUAUCGGCACUUCUGCUUAAGCACAUUGACUUGCGGAAGCAUCCGUCACUUGAGUUCGCCAUGAUGCUGAUGUUCACCUACGCUCCCUACGUUUUAGCCGAGGGAAUUCACCUAAGCGGAAUCAUGGCCAUACUGUUUUGUGGAAUCGUCAUGUCUCACUACACACAUUUCAACUUGUCCACGGUCACUCAAAUCACAAUGCAGCAGACAAUGAGGACACUGGCCUUUAUAGCCGAAACUUGUGUGUUCGCCUAUCUGGGACUGGCCAUAUUUUCAUUCAAGCAUCAAGUGGAGUUGUCUUUUGUUAUAUGGGCGAUCGUUCUGUGUCUGAUUGGACGCGCCUGCAACAUAUUUCCUCUGGCAUUUCUGGUUAACAAAUUCCGCGAGCACAAAAUCAACAACAAGAUGCAGUUUAUUAUGUGGUUCUCUGGUUUACGUGGAGCCAUUUCCUAUGCGCUGUCUUUGCACUUGAACCUUGACAGUGAAGAGAAACGCCAUGUCAUAAUAACAACCACGUUGAUAAUCGUGCUAUUUACAACCUUGGUUUUGGGUGGCUCUACCAUGCCGUUGCUGAAGUAUCUUAAGCCUGGAAAAAAACGAAGGCCACGUGGAACUGUACGCAACUCAUCCGUGGAGGGAGAGGGAGCAGGAGCAGGAGCGCGCCGCAGCAGCAGCAGCCGCAAACGCUCAAAGUCUAUUUCUCUGUCGAAGACAAGGGAGUGGGGACAGGCCAUCGAUUCAGAGCAUUUGUCCGAACUUACCGAAGAGGAGGAUGUCUCCUUUACCCAGGCUCGUAACCGCUUUGGCCGCCUCGAUCGCAAGUACUUCAUUCCGUUCUUCACGCGUCGAUUCAACAGCCAAGAGCUGCACGAGUGCAAGUCUCAGAUGGCGGACUUGACCAACAAGUGGUAUCAGGCGAUUCGUGUUAGUCCCUUAGACUCAGACGAGUCCGAUGAGGAGAUUGGAUUAGCAGCUAGCACAAGUCAGAGCCAUCUCACACGGUCGUAGAAUUAAAUGAUAAAUGGAACUCCAGGGCUGUGUUAAAACAACUUUGUGGCCAAAAGUGAAGGAUCGAUCGUAUGUAUGAUUUUUUAGUUAAUUUAUAUUAAAUGUAUUUUUGUGUCUGGUGGCUGGGUACAUUAACUUGUAGAAUAUUUUGCAACCUUGUAAUAUGUUUGUUGGAUAUAAAUCCAAACAGAUUUAUUCCAUGCCAACAUUUCUCUCUGGGGGAACAUUUCAAAACAGCCAUUUUGAAGUGCAUUGAGUCCAAAACUAAUCAUUGAUACUUCAAAGUUUAUUAUUAUAGAUGUAUUUGUGAUUUUGUAAAUGUUUGAAACCAAAUAUAUAAUAAACAUGUAAUUGUGAUACGAAUA